GUGAUGCUUGGUCCUCCCUCGCAGUCGGCCAGUGCACCCGAAGAGCUUCGGGGGCUUCUGGUGGAGCCUCAGCUCCGCAGCGCAGACUGGAACUUCGCCCUCCAUGUCGCCUUUCCCAGCGAGGCAAGCCUCCCAGUGCCUGGCACGCCAAAGUCAGCAGAAUUCCUCACGGAGGACUUGUCUAUCUUCGCUCCUGGCGACAGUGCGGCUGCGGCUCGAUUCGCGGCAGCCCUGGCCUCUUUAGGCUUAGCGGAGAGGGCGGAGGCAGACACCAUCCUAACCGGACUGCUUCUCGCGAAGUUUGCCUCCUUUCCAUUGCACGGCUCUUGGGAGGGGGGCCGUUGCGUCUUCGGGCUCAUGAGCAAGCUGAACCACGCCUGCUUUCCCAACUGCGUCUGCCUCUGGCCAGGCCUGCCUCCUGGCGAAGAGGUCGCGCUGGAUCCUAUGAGAGAGAUGGUCGCGCCGGGCACGACGCCGUUGCGCUGCGCUCGACUGCGGGCACUCUGCAGGAUCCAGCCAGGUGACGAGUUGACUUUCUGCUACUUUGGUGGGGACUUCGCGGUGCAGGUUCGAAGCACCGAGGAGCGACGCCGUCGCCUUUGGGAGGGCUUUGAGUUCGAGUGCCGAUGCGAACUUUGCGAACCUGGCGACCAGCCGGCCAAGAGCUACGGCCAGCUGUGCAAGCGCGCCCUCUGCUUCGGCAAGCCGCCACCGCUGCCCCCUGAGGGCCUUCGCCGUGGCCCACGGGAUCUUUCCGCCGCCGGCGCUGAUCGCAAAAUAUGUUCCUUCUUGUCCUUAUGGUUUUCUACACUGCCAUUUGCUGUGCAGCCGCCACUACCUCGGUCAGCCUCACCAUCCACAUCAACAUGA